AUGAGCUACUAUGGCGAUUGGUACCACUACUAUCCCCAAAGCCAGCAGCAGGACGGCCACAGCACGCAGAGCGAACAGCAAGCGCCAUUGCCAGGUCCCCUUCCCCCGCAGCAAUCCAACAUGGUGUCAGCGCAGCAGCCGCCGCAGCCCGCGUUUGGCGGGUUGUUCGGGCAGCACCAGAGCCACAACGGGCGGCGGCCCCCGGGAGAGCCACAGAAGGCGCAGGCCUCGGCGGCAGGGCCGGGGGUCUACUGCUACUACUAUCCACAGCAGCCGUACAGCGGGUACAGUCCGUUCUUCGGCGGCACACAGGGCGGCGGGCCGGCCAAGGUAGGCGGCGGGCGGCGCGAGGAGGGCCCGUUCAGGCACGGCGGAUGUCCCGCGCCGACCGCAUACCAGUACCCGGGCUUCCAGCCGGCGACGUACGGCGACCCCAGCGGCGCGGCGCGCUACGCCGGCUACGCGCAGGAGCAGCGGGCGGCUGCGCACCAGACACCUGCGUUCACACAGCAUCAGCAGCAUGAGAAGCCUCAGCAGCAGCCGCAGCCGCAGCAACAUCAGCAUCAGAAUCAGCAUCAGCAUCAGCAGCGCGCCGCCGUGCCGGCAGCGGCAGCCUACAUGCGCCAGGUGGGCGGGCCUGAGGCGCUGCCGGCGACAGCGGCCACGGCAGCGUCUACCGCGACCACCACCCCGGUCCCGACCACCAACACCUCAUUGCAGAGCAACUCGCCGGGCGCCACCAAGAACCCCUUCGUGGAACCGGUCCCCUCUAUCAUUCCGCAGAACAGCGUGGGGGCCGGAUUGGGCUUGGGCGGUACGCGCGUAGGCGACGGAUCUCCAGCAAGCACCCCUGCAACAGUUAAAAAAAACAAGGCGGGCGAGGGCAGUCUUCUGGCGAUCGCGACCGGCUCGCACGGGAACACUGCAAAGGCAGCCUCUGUUGCCGACUCUGGCAGUAGCAGCAGUGGCUUUGAAUCACAGGGACCACGUGUUACGACCACUAUGUGGGAGGACGAACAUACACUCUGCUAUCAAGUUGAGGCGAACGGCGUCAGCGUGGUCCGCAGGGCAGACAACGACAUGAUCAACGGCACGAAGUUGCUGAAUGUAGCGAAGAUGACCCGCGGCAGGCGGGACGGUAUACUCAAGGCAGAGAAGGUACGGCAUGUGGUCAAAAUCGGAUCGAUGCACCUCAAGGGUGUAUGGAUUCCGUUUGAGCGCGCACUUGCAUUGGCGCAACGGGAGAAAAUUGUCGACAUGCUUUUCCCACUGUUCGUGCGCGACAUCCAGAGCGUGAUACAGCAGACAUCGACGACCAGCGGGCCCGCAGAGAACGGGGCCAAGCUGGGGAAGCUGAUCCAGGCCACGGGGGCUCCCAGCAGGAACGGGCCGCCGCCUCCGUACGGACAGCAGGACCAGCAGCACGGCGCGGCCGCCGCGAUGAGCGUCCCGUCGCAGCCGCGCCGCGCAUCCGCGGUCGCGGCCUCGUCCCUCCCGCAGCAGACGCCCUAUCUGGUCAGCUCGUACCCGUCUUCGUCGCAGCCGUACUACGGCCGCACCGGCUACUUGCCCCAGCCCAUCAGCUACGCUAACUACGACACCGGCGGCAGCGCCCUUUCGAACUACGGCUACUCGCCCGCGGGGUCCACCUCCACCGGCACGGCGCGCCCGCCGCCGCGCAGCCAGUCGCCGUUCCAGGCCCUCACGCAGGUCAGCGCCCUCGCCCAGAAACAACUAAACUCCAAGGACCAGCAGCUGCUGCCGGUCGGCCCCAUAGCCGCGCUAUCGUCGGGCACACCCGCCCUGGGCCAACAGCACUUCCAGAGAAGGGAGCACAUGCAGAACAGCCUCGGCCGGUCCACCUCCGAUGAGGGGCACGCAAACAUGCUACCGCCGCCGCAGGCGCUCAUCCAGCGCGACCACACGGUCCCCCAGGGCCACCCGCACCUUCUCUCCAAGUUCACGCCCAUUGCUACCCUCUCUUCUACAGUCGCGGCCGAGCACCCGGGCUCGAUCGUCUACUCGGCGAAAGAGUAG